AUGUUCCCCCGCCCGCUGACCCCGCUGGCGGCCCCAAAUGGCGCCGAGCCCCUGGGCCGGGCGCUGAGGCGGGCCCCAUUGGGCAGGGCCCGGGCUGGCCUCGGGGGACCACCACUGCUACUGCCGUCUAUGCUGAUGUUCGCGGUGAUCGUGGCCUCCAGCGGGCUACUGCUCAUGAUCGAACGGGGCAUCCUGGCGGAGAUGAAGCCCCUUCCCCUGCACCCUUCUAGCCACCAGGGCGCGGCCUGGCGCGGGGCAAUGCCCAAGUCCGGGGGCCUGUCCCUGGAUGAUGGGGACUCAGACUUGCAAGUGCGGCAGGACGUCCGGAACAGGACCUUAAAGGCGGUGUGCGGACAGCCAGGCAUGCCCCGGGACCCCUGGGACUUGUCCGUGGGGCAGCGGCGCACCCUGCUCCGCCACAUCCUCGUAAGUGACCGCUACCGCUUCCUCUACUGCUACGUCCCCAAAGUGGCCUGCUCCAACUGGAAGCGGGUGCUGAAGGUGCUGGCCGGCGUCCUGGACAGCGUGGACGUCCGCCUCAAGAUGGACCACCGCAGUGACCUGGUGUUCCUGGCAGACCUGCGGCCGGAUGAGAUUCGCUACCGCCUGCAGCACUACUUCAAGUUCCUGUUUGUGCGGGACCCCUUAGAACCUCUUUCCGCUUACCGCAACAAGUUUGGCGAGAUCCGAGAGUACCAGCAGCGUUAUGGGGCCGAGAUCGUGAGGCGGUACAGGGCUGGAGCUGGGCCCAGUCCUGCAGGGGACGAUGUCACCUUCCCUGAGUUCCUGAGAUACCUGGCGGAUGAGGACCCUGAGCGAAUGAAUGAGCACUGGAUGCCUGUGUACCACCUGUGCCAACCUUGUGCCGUGCACUACGACUUUGUGGGCUCCUAUGAGAGGCUGGAGGCCGAUGCCAACCAGGUGCUGGAGUGGGUGCAGGCACCACCCCAUGUCCGGUUCCCAGCUCGCCAAGCCUGGUACCGGCCAGCCAGUCCUGAAAGCCUGCACUACCACCUGUGCAAUGCCCCACGGGCCCUGCUGCAGGAUGUGCUGCCCAAGUAUAUCCUGGACUUCUCCCUCUUUGCCUACCCAUUGCCUAAUGUCACCAGGGAGGCCUGUCACCAGUGACCGUGGAGCCAGCAGCUUUGGGGGCUGGUUUCAACAACACCGGCUUCUGUUACUUCUCCUGCUGUUCAGACAAACCCUGGGUCUGGGGCUUGAGACUUCUCCAGAUGUCCAGACAUCUGGGUGGCAGGGACUAUCCUCCAGAGUUCCUUGUCCAGACAAGGUGCGCACAGAGACUCAGGGCAGAUUUAGACAAGGGGUCUGCUGCACCCCACCGGGGAUCUCUUAUGGCCAGACAACUGUUCAUUAGCGCAGACACACAUCUGACCUAAAGACUGGCUCGGGGCCUCUGGCUACAGGCCUUGUGCAGUCCACCUUAAUUUAACCUGUGGCCAACCCCUGAAGUGUCACUAACCCUGUGGCUCUGAUACUCCCCUUCAACCACCCAUGUGCCUCAGGACUGGAGUGAGCAGUUGUGCCUUUAAGUGACUUUUGU